AUGCCCGCGGACGACAGCGCCGCGCGCCGCGCCUUGUUGCAGCGAAAGCGCGAGUUCGAAGACGAGCGGAAGGUCCAGGAUCACGGCUCAAGCCUCUUCUGUUACUUCUUGCCUCUGAAACUUAGACUUGCUCGGUUGAGCUUGACAUUACAUACGAGGUCGACGAUGCUAGCCGGGUGGCGUACUCAGACGAACUACACGCAACUACCGUCGACAGCCAGCCGGCGUCGACGGUAUCUCUUCACUACAAAGCAACCAUCGGGCGGAGACUGGACGGACGCGAGCGUGGCCUUCGUGUCUGCCGACGAGCCUCCACAAGGGGACGACGCCGAUGUCCCCUCGCUGGCUGCUCUCAGCUUGAAUCGGCGCAUCCCUACGUGCUUUGGUAGGAAUGGAGGUGCUUCAGCUACCUUCGCAGUCCCGGGCCCUGCACUGACCCUGCCAUUCGGAGCUACACCAGGUGGAGCUGCGUUUGGCAGUGGCUCGUAUCCUCUACUUAGCCAGCAGACUUUCCGUGCUCAGACGGGCAGCGGCCUUUUUGGUCCUUCGCCUAGCGCCUUGGCAGCUCAGCAGCACCCCCGGCCGAGCCUGUUUGACUCCGUCGCGGCUUCGACGAACUCUGGAUCACAGUCAGGUGGUGUAUUCGACCGCACGGACAGCCGUGGUAUUAGCAGCGGGAUUGCGCCCAAUAUGCGAGUGACUGCGCUCGGCGAGAAGAUCGUCCACCGCGACUCGAGCGGGCUCAGUGACGACGUGCACCUCUCAGCAGAGGAGAGGGCGAGCAUCUCGAGCGAUGUUGUUGGGAAUGCGGUCCCGAUCGCCUCGCUCGUGCUGAAUGCUGCCUUUGCGUGGGUGUGCGUGCCGCGCUCGCGGGUGGCCGUGUUCGUCGAGUGCCGCUCGAGGAACACGAGUGCGCACACUCUCGUCGCGGGACCGCUGGCCGUUUACGUCGACGGAAAGCAGGUGGCGAAGAAUUCGCUGAAGGCGCGUCUUUUGUUUUGUUACAUACCUGACGCUGGCGAGGACAUCAAAACGCAAGACACGAUCGUCGCUCCACUCGGUGUGGACGACGCUGUGCACGUCAUGCACCGAGGCGCGGCGCGCACGGAAGGACAGGGGCCGAGCGUCCUUGAUCCGCAGAUUGCGAUCACAGUGAAGGCCGUGCACGAGAAGGAUCCCAAUGCCGCGGGUGUCGACCCCGAGUGA